UGUCCUGUUCAUCAGACCACUUUCAGGCCAAUUGAUUAGCAGCCAAUCAGAGGUGAUGAUUCUGCUGCAUGCACACGAGCAUGCAGGUAGCACACAGGGGUCACAUGAAGUGCAGAGCACAGCCCCUCCCCCACAGACAGACCGACUCUACUGAGCUUUCAGACGGUUCCAGGAGAGAGGGAGCGGUGCGGUUCAGAGGGUUCUACGCACACCAGCAAGUCCACUGCCAGUGAACACAAAGAUGGCACUUGAGCCAUACUUUGACACCAUUCAAAAUAUGAUGCUAAAUGGUAGCACAUAUGAAGACAUUUCCUCUACCCUCGUAUCCAUGGGCUUGGAAAAUAGUGGUUCUGUGUCCAACAUAAAACAUUUCUGUAAGAAAUUCGGUUUAAGAAAAAAAGGAAUGGUAUCCAACGCUCAGCUGGAAGCUGCUGUUGUUAAAGCUGUUCAAGAGACUGGACCAACGUAUGGUCGGCGCAUGAUGGCUGGCUAUCUAGCCAGCAAAGGCGUGCAUGCCUCACAACAACGUGUGGCAGCUGCAUUACGUGUUUCCCAGCUGUCAAACCACGAAGCACGUAGUCAAGGAUUGAGAAACCUGAAUCCUUUGCCCUACCAUGCUGCAUACAUGGGCCAUAAAAUGCACAUCGACCAAAACGAAAAGAUGAUCAUGUUUGGCGUGACAUACGUCAUGGCCAUAGACGGCUACAGUGGGAAAGUGGUGGGGCAUUCCAUCAUGCCAAUUAAAAAUAAUCUCACCAUAUAUGAUGAAGUGUACAAACGAGUAUGUGCCACAACAUUCACUACUGAACUAAAUUGGCUGUUAUGUUCUGGUGAAACAAAACGUGGACCCAAAAGCAGCACACACUAG